AUGGAAACCACUCAUCGUUGCAAGCACUUGGUAACAAAAUUAUGGAUACCUGACCAUGAUCCUAAUGGCUACUCUGCUUCCACAUCGUCUUCAUCUGUUCAAGUUGACUUGACAAUUUUAUGGCAAUUGGAGCAUGAAUGGACGAACAUAGCAUCCGAUGGGGCUGCAUCUAUUAUCAGCAGAUGCGUUGUUCAUAGCUUGGCUUUACGACUGCCCUUAUUUGAUUAUCAGGUCUUCAUGUCCGACCACACCUCUCACCAAAUGUUGUCUGGCGCGUUGUUGUCUAUGGGAGUGGACCCAUAUUUACAUGAUAGCAUAAUUGUCAACAUAGUUGCGUAUGCACGAAGCAUCCAAAACUUGGUAUCCCACAUGGCUGCAGGCAUGGUGUUGAUUGAUUUGGCUACUAGGGAAUCAAUGAUAGAAAAUGAGGGCAGAGGAAAGGGGAUGAUUCCGGCUACUGAUAUCUCAAUCAAGGCACUCAAGACGGAGACAAUAUUAGAGGGUGAAAGCUGUACGAUAUGUUUGGAAGAGUUGAGCGGUGGGUCGAAAGUGACAGUCAUGCCAUGUUCUCAUGUCUUUCAUGGUUCAUGUAUAAUAAGGUGGCUGAAGCAGAGCCAUGUAUGCCCCAUCUGUCGCUUUGAGAUGCCUACUUGCAGUCAGUAA